AUGAGUCGGGUACUAAUUAUGUACAUUGGAUGCACUAUUAAUGCUGAGGCAAGUGGUUUUGAUGGAGUGUAUUCGCCUUUUAAGCGCGACGUUGAAGUAGUACAGGAUGCAAGUUGUUUGUCACUUGCUAGAACUAAGAUCUCGUCUAUACUAUGUUGCAAACCUGAUAAAUCAACACCUGUAGAUUGUGUCUUGGAUAUACCUGAUACAGUCCCGCAAGCCAGCGUGGAUAUGACGACAGUACUCGAAGUGAGCGACGCCGACGGUGUGACAGGACACGCUCACAGCUUAGCUAUAACGGCGCCGGACCGUGUCACCUUCGUCAAGGGCACCUGCAGAGAGGAGGCGAGGUGGUGGGCGGACGUGCUGAGUGUUUACCCGAGGAGUAAGGGACGACACAAGCGCAAUGCCACAUUUCCCGGAGGCCAAACAGCAAGUCUUUUGCAGUCUUCAACAACGAGAAAAUACUCCGCAGACGCGUCGACUCUCCGGGACGCGGCGGACUGCAGUGCGCGGCCGAGGUUCUGCGGGGGUAUCACUACGUGGCCCGGGCCUCGAGUUCAGCCACCGCAACCAGAAAUCCCAAGCCUGGCUUCACCUACUAGCAUUGAUACUAAAGUGUACACAGAUCAACCGGUAUCAUCAGCAUCUCCACCGACACGAGAUAAAAUAAACGGCGAGGAAAAGGCGCGCUCCCGUCGCAGGGACACUUGGCCGGAACCAGCGACUACGACCGUUACUGAUGAGGUGAGCGUAGUUAGAUCACCACUGCUUCAGCAACAACAUCAACAGUAUGAUGAACAGUUGCGUGAUAUAGCAGCUUCUUUAACUCGCCCACGUUCUCGUCGCGCUUUGCCGCCUACCCUCGAACGACCUACCAGGCUUCCACCACCAGAUAGACUACCAGCACGAGGCUCACCAGAUGGCGGUCCACCUCCCGAAGAAGGUAUAACUAGUUCAGCUUCAGAAGGAAGUGAGCCGAUUGAUGUUGUUGAGGCCACAGAAAACACUGAAGGAGGUAGGGUAGAGUUACCAGCUGAGAGACUUCUCCAUGCUCGAGCUGGAUGGCUUCAAAGACGAGGACCUGGAGGAUGGUCACGACACUGGUUUGUUCUACGGGGAGCAGCUUUACUCUACUUUAGGGAUCCUCAUGCUGAACAUAGGGGUCUCAUGGAUGGAGUAAUUGAUCUUAGCGGGAUUUCUAGGGUCGUGGAACUGCCGACUUCUGCUUCUACAAAUGGAUAUGCUUUUGAAACUGAGACUUGGGAUGGCAAACUUAUAGUGCUAUCGGCAGUUACAGCAGGAAUAAGAGCGAAUUGGGUGUCAGCUAUGAAAAGAACCGCUGGUUUAUCUGACUCUGGUCCACUCUCACUUAUAUUGCGUGAAGAUGCAGUUGACCAAGCAUCUGAAUCGUCCACCUCACCUAUCACACCUGUUACUCCUAAUACUACCAAGUCUGGACCAUUUUCAUCCGAUGAAGAGUACAGAACAGCAUCUGAGGGUGGAAGACGAGAUAGUGCCGAUUGGGGAGACGUUGCACCUCAACCACCACCUUCUCCUAUCCUUAAUCGAACUCCUAUAUCUAAAGUCAAGGAAAAGGUCCGUGCGAGAGGCAGUCAGCCAACACAACCCAGAAACGAUACGAAAAUUGAAAAAGAUGAAGUCGAUACUACCAAAGAAAAAGACCUUCCAAUAGCCGAGGUUGAUGAAAACGAAAAACCAAAUGAACCCAGAAAACGCAGUUAUAAUUCAACAAUAGACAAACAAUCAAUCGAAAUUGAGGAUUUGCGAAAGCAGCUUAAAUUAGCAUUAAAUGACGUCAAUACAGCUGAAUCAGAGUUAGCAAGACUUCGUAAAUUAAAAGCGGACGCUGCAUUGAGAGAAAAGAAAAUGGAAGAAUUGGUAAUAUCUUUACAAAAGAAGGAAGAAGAAUUAUCUAUUAGAACUAAAGAAGCUGAGAAUUUGGAUGCUAUAAAACAACUAUACAAUCAAGAUAAAAGUAUGUGGGAGACGAAACUAACAGAAACUCAAAACUUUUUAAAGGAAUCCACCGACCACUGUGAACUGUUAACACAACAGCUAACUACUGCACAGGAAAAUAUUAAACAACUACAAAAGGAGUUAAGCGAGCUUAAUGAUAAACUGCUAAAAAGUGUUAAAGAAAAUGAAAGCUUAUAUACUAGAAUAAGAGAGCUCGAAGGUAAAAUUGUAGCUGAAUCGCCGACUAGAGAAAAAAGAAAGAGUAUUGGGUCGUUAAGCGAUCUCAGCAAUAUUAACCAAAACCUAAAUGUGGAGUCUUUAGAGAAAAGUAGACUGAUCGAAGAAUAUGUUGAAUUAAGAAAUAGAUUCUUGAUGGCUAUACAAGAAAUUAAGGCUAUGAAGAAAGAACUUCGUGAAUCACAUAAUGUGUACGAUGAGCUCGAGGUUACUAAUAUGAAAUUAAGAAACGAGAUGAAACUGAGAGAGCAAUGUAGUAGAUCGGAAAUUGAUUUACUUGCAUCUCGUAUUUUAGAUCUUACACAGAAACUAACAGCAUCAGAUAAGCAAGUACGAACCUUGAAACAUAAAAUUCAGAAGACAGAAUCAAGAGACAAGCGUCGUAGCUUAUCAUUAAAAGGAAGAGAAUCGUUCACAUUAGGCAAGGAAGUUGAGGAAAAACUUACAGAAUUAGAAAAUAAGAUCACGAUGCUUGAAACUGGUGAACCAGUACCUGUAAUAAACUCUCCCUCUAAGAGUGCUUCGCCUGUUAAAGAAAAAGUAUCUAAAACGGACAGUGUCACAGAUGAAAAAAGAAUGAAAAGAUUAGCCGCGCGAUUAAGAAGAAAAUCAUUAGAUAGUGCCACAAGUUCUGAACCUAUGAAAAUGCUAGUCCGUUUAAGUUCUCUUGAAACCAAAGUUGCUUCUGCUCUAGAAAACCGUCGAGAUUUAACAAAUUCUUGUGAGUCGUUAAGUCCCAUGACAAGGUCCACUGAAAGUCCACUAAGCAAUGAAAGUCCGGAAACUUCAACGAUCGGCACGCAGUCCCAAAGGCAUCUCUUAGACAGGUUGCAGAGCCUUGAAAAUGUUGUCAUUAUGUCCAGGAGCAAAGUAAAUGAAUGCUUAAGUCAGAUGAGCGCCAUGCGAGCAGCUAAGUCGCGACGAUCACCUUCGCCAAGUGUGGAAAAGAAAUACAGCAUAAAAUCUAUGGAAAAGUGUUUAAUGGAUGUAAGCAAAAGGUUACAAGAAUGCUUCGACAAAUGCAUUAUAAAUUCUACCGAAGAAGCCGGAGAGGAAGUAAACGAUUAUGUCGCGCAGGUGGUAGUACAACUCGAGGAGCAACUGAGAACAAAACUUUUAGAAAUUUCCAAAAAGAAGGCAGCUCUCUAUGAAGCUGGAGAGCUAACUCAGAGAAAGAGUUUAGAAAUACUAGCAGAGAAACUAGCCUACGAAGCAGUGCUUAUAGGCAGAAUACAAGAGGCUUUGGAAUCUUCCAAUGGGAGCAGAUUCUUCGCUAGAUUGAUAAAGUCUGAAAUAAAUGAAACUAGUCAAUUAAUCGAUAACCUUAAGUGUAAAAUAUACGGCGACAGCGCAAGAUCCACCUCAACCACCAAGAGCUCCCUCGACUACUUGGCUAGAAUAUUGUCGAGGAAGAUCGACGUGAUGACGAAUAGCCGAGACUCAGACGAAUCUAAAUCCGAAGUGAUCAUUCAGAGUGCAGAUCUCGAGGCUCUAAAAAUGUCACAGAAAGAAGUCGCCGCAGCUGUGGAAAAAUAUAAAUCAGAAAAACUAGCCGAAUUGUGCUCAGCUCUGGCUAGUGAGAGUUUGAGCUACACUACGACCGACAGCGACCACGAGCAGCAGAGGUGCAACCUGGAGGCGGCGCGCGUGCGCGAGGCGUGGGCCGCGGCGCGCGACGCGCUGGGCGCCGAGCUGGUGCAGGCUGAGGUGGCGCGGGCCCUCGCGCGCGCCGCGCAGAUGUGCGAGCAGCGCCUGGACGAGGCGCGGCGUGCACGCCUCACGCUGUCCGCACAGCAGCGCGCCGACCUGGAGCUGUGGUGGCAGGCCGCGCACGACCACCUGCGCUGCGAGAUGGACGCCGCCGUGCGUGACAUCGCGGCGCAGUACCGCGAGUGCGCCGCCGCUCGUGCGCCGCCCGGGCUCGACAGCCGCGCGCUGCUGCAGCAGCUGGCCGACGUCCUGGCGCACAAGGCGCUGGUGGACGCGCGCGUGUCCGUGCUCGAGGGCACCUAUCGCGCCUCGGAGCCGCGCGCCCGCCGGCCCGAGGACGCCAUCUCCUCGCUGGAGACGGACCCGGCCCUCGAGGCGGAGUUCGUCUACCUGUUCCGGCACUUCUCGACGGAAUGCCGGGCGCUCUUCUCCAGUGACUGUUCGGGUAACAGUGAAGACUCGAUGAAGAUCGGCGAGAGCCUUGAGCGCGUGGAGGCGGCGGUGGCGGCGGCGCAGCGGCGGCUGGCGGGCGAGCAGUGCGCGGGGGAGGGCACGGGGGAGGAUGAGGGGGAGGAGAGGGAGACUUGCGGCGCAGGGGACGUGGCGCAGCGCAUGGAAGCACUGCGGCGGCGCGUGGAGGCGCUACAGUGCCCCCAGUGCGCGCGCCUGCAGGACGCGCUGGAGCGCCUCACGGCAGAGCGGGCGCGCGGGGAGUGCGCGCUGGCGCAGCAGGCGGCGGCGCUGGCGGCGGCGCGGCGCGCGCGCACACAGCUGCAGGCGCAGCACGAGCGCGAGCGCGCCGCGCUAAGAGAGCGCGCGCGCACACUGCAGCGACGCCUCGCCGCCCUGGACUCUGAAUAUUCUGCACAGUUGGAGAGUCUACGUGCCGCAUAUCAGAGCGCAGUGGCGGCGGACACGCACGGCGACAGCCUGCGCGCGCGCUACCAGCAGGAGAUCGAGCAGCUGCGCGCGCUGUGCGAGAAGGGGCUUCUAGCGAUGGAGAGCUCGCACCGCCGCAUCGUGCGCGAGAUGGAGGACAAGCACCGCGCCGAGAGAGAUCAGCUCAGGCUAGAAAAAGAGCAAGCACUAGCUGAAGAAACACGUGCGACGCUAGCGGCCUUGGACGCGAUGAGGAAAGCGCACGAGAGCGAGGUGCGGCGUGAAGUCGACAAGUUCAAGACGGAGUUCCUCGCGCGGGGAGCCCCCGACUUGGGACAACUAAGCUCGAGGCACCAGCAAGAGAUGGAAGAAAUAAAACGUGAGAUCUUGUCGCUGUCGGAGAAGUACUCAGUGAAGUGCGUGGAGUCGGCGUCGCUGGAGGAGCGGCUGGCGGCGGCCAGCGCGCAGCUCGCGCACGCGCACAACCACAUCAUGCAACUGGACGCUAGAAAUAAGCAGCUCCGAGCACAUAUAAUGUCUGAAGCGAACGAUAUGAAGAAUUGUGAAGCGUCCACACUCGCGCAGCUCAUAGAAGACACGGCACCGCAUGGGGAGACGCCGCUGUGGAGCCACCUGCGCCGCCUGGCCGCCGUCUGGCAGGGGAACCCCGCAGGGGAAGUCAUCUCGGUCGAGCGGACUGGAGCGAGCGCGCGCCUCCGGCCUGCAGUUCCCGAAGGCGGAGAGCCCCAGAAAUCUACAGUUGUCUCCCGUACAGAACUAAAGACUCCUCGUUGCAGCGCGUUAGCGGGCGUCGUCGCGGAACGCAAGAAGCUGUUUGAAACU